GGGGAAAAGUAUAUCAAAUGCCAUACGCUGAUUGGUCGAGUGGCUCUCCAGAGUCAUCUAUCUAUUGUUGGCGUUCUGUAGAGGCUGUAUAUAAAGGCUGCGAUGGGAGUGCAUUUGAUGGGUCAUUUUAAAACGUGUUGGAAGUGAUUGUGUGAGACAACACUACUGGUCAUGAAGUUUGUUUUGAAGUGUUUGGCGAUCUUUUUGGCAGCUAUCCUGUGCUCGAUAGCUGAAGGAAACAAGAUCCGAUGCUAUUCGUGUGAUGAUUGUAACAAACAAGAGCCGGAGAUCGUCCAGUGCAGCGCCAAUAAUGGGCUGGAUCUGAAUGCGCUGAGCUACAACCCAACCUACCCGAUACUGACACCGUCCACGCCGUACUGGAACGCAAACCCCUGGGAUCCGCUGCUAACGCCACCACCGCUCGUAGGAAACAACAACGGAGGAGCUUGGUAUCCGGGAUACCCGGGAUAUCCAAUCCUUACACCGCCACCGUUGGGCGGCGGUGGCAUCAAUCAGCAGUAUCCCUGGGACCCACUGCUAACGCCACCACCGCUCGUUGGGGACAAUAAUGGAGGUGCCUGGUACCCGGGAUACCCCUGGUAUCCGGGCUACCCGGGAUAUCCAAUCCUUACCCCGCCACCGUUGGGCGGCGGCGGCGGCAUUCAGCAGUACCCGUGGGAUCCACUGCUAACGCCACCACCGCUCGUAGGAAAUAAUAAUGGAGGCGCCUGGUACCCAGGCAAUCCAAUCCUAACGCCACCGACCACCUACUAUCCGUACGGAAAGGCGCACCAACAGACGGGGGACAAGGGGCAGAAGCGCUUCGUCUGCGCGACGAUCCGAAGCAAAGGAAAGGAUCUACAAACGGACAUCAUACACCGGCGUGGAUGUGCCGAGAUUGAGGGAUACGCUGUCGGUGUGUGCGACCAGGGACAGAUACCGGUGACGGAGGGUGGCAUUACGAGCUGCCGCGUGUGUGGACAUUCGCUGUGCAACGAGUGAGGCUGUGUAGUGAUCGAUUUUAAAAGCGUGCUGUGAUUUGUGUGGGUGAUGCAGGUAGAAGAAUGAAUGGGCUAAAAAUACUGAUUAAUUCAUAUGAAUAAAUGCAAUAAUUUAGAAA